GGAAGUAAAUCACCAAACGGCAAACAAACAAAUCAUUACAAAAGGGCAAAUGGACACCAGCACCACCACCACCACCAUCACCACCACCACCACCACCACUUCCACUCCACAAAAGCUUCCGGACCAGCCGCCAGCCCAGCCCCGAGAAGCGAUAUUCAAGUUCGGCAAUUAAGCAACGCGAAUGGAUAUCGCGGAAUUAGCAUAAUGCUCGAUCGGGAGGUACGGCGAUUUAUUAUCGGAGUGAUUACACACGCAGGUCGGAUGACAAAUUCGUUGGUAUUUCGACGCCAGCCAGGAGAGUGCGGGUAAAGAAUUAAUCCGAGAGUUCAUAUAAAUUAAAAGACGCCUCAAACGCUUCGGCAUUGUUGUCGGCCUCCGGGGCUUCUGGUCUUCAUUUCCCUCGGUCAGACACACAUGUUACUCUAUAGUGACCAUACAAUAGACGCCCGGCCACAGUGACAAAUAGAAUAAUAGUGAUAAAAGAGAGCGCUGACGGUGACGAAAGCAUUUGGCGAUAAUGGAACGAUAAAAGAGUCAAACGCUCGACUUUUCGACUCUUGCAAUGACACUCACCCCGCAGUGUUCCGGACGAUAGUGCUCGCGUGCCACCUUCGGAGAAGUCGAACAUUUAAAUAUUACCUUAGUGCCUAUCGGCCUAGGCCUUAGCUACAUAUUCGAGGGCAAACAGGAGAUAGUAGGAGCUAGUACACUCGAAGAAACACUUGCCACCACAAAAAACCCGUUGUCUCCGGUGCCUCUGUGUAAAUAAGCUAGUUCGCGGCUUAAUUAAUUCGAAGCUUGGUAGACGCAAAAAUAGACAAAGUUCGAGCGAACGGCGGUCAUAACAAGUUAGUCUUCGAUCUGUCCCGAGACCGUUGACUCCCCCAAGAAGCGAGCCCGAGACCGGAGCGCGAAGCCGGAGAAUUGACCAGGUCGGAGAAUCGGAGCCCCUGACAAAUUCCACGAGUAUAAAGCCCGGCCACCAAAAUGCCGCAAUCGCAUUUCACUCGGAGGCAUUGUCUAGCGAUGACUGGCGGAUUAAUUACAUCGGCGGUUCUCAUCUGGUGCCUUGCUCACUCGUCAGUCGAGUCGUCCGGCAAGCUCUACGAUCCCGGCACUGAUAAAUCCACGCUCGAGCUCCUCCAUGUGGUAUUCCGACAUGGACCACGAACGCCGGCGGAUACGUAUCCAAAGGAUCCGCAUGUAAAUGAGACCUACUAUCCAUUUGGCUGGGGACAAGUAACAAAUAAUGGCAAACGCGAGCUGUUCAACAUUGGUACUUGGCUGCGUAAGCGUUAUGGCAAAUUUCUGGCGCCCAACUACAGUCCCGAUUUGGUCCACGCUCAGGCAACGGGUGUUCCGCGGACCCACAUGACCAUGCAGACUGUUUUGGCCGCCUUCUUUCCGCCGAAGGGCACGGACAUGGAGUGGAAUAGUCGGUUUAAUUGGCAGCCCAUACCUGUCUUCUCCCAGGAGCUCAAUGAGGACACGUUGCUGCUCGUUCGCACUUCAUGUCCCCGAUAUUAUGAGGCCCUUAAUGAAGUCUACGAGCUACCUGAGGUGAAAGCAGAAAUCGCUCCCUACCUGCAAAUGUUCAAGGAGUUGGAAGAACACACCGGCCUGAGCUUCAAGGAACCCGAGGAUGUGCAAUCUCUAUAUUUGACCCUGCUGGCCGAGCAGGAAUGGGGUCUGAAGUUGCCCGAAUGGACCCAUUCGUACUUCCCCGAGAAAAUGCAGUUCCUGGCCGAACAGAGUUACAUUUACAACGUCUACACACCCGAGAUGCAGAAGAUCAAGGGUGGGCCCUUCCUCAAGAAGAUGUUCGACGAAAUGCAGCAGAAGAAGAACGGAACCCUGAAGCCCAGUGGCCGGAAGCUGUUCAUCUACACGGGCCACGACUCGACGGUGGUGAAUGUUCUCUCCGCCCUGAAGGUCUGGGAGCGACAGCUGCGCUACUCCUCCAUGGUCCUAUUCGAGCUGCAUAAAAAUAAGGAAACCGGUGAUUACUGGGUGGAGAUAUACUUCCGGAACGAUCCCAAAGCUCCCGCCCAGAAGCUGACAGUGCCCGGCUGUGAGUUCCAGUGCCCCUUGGAAAAGCUGCUGGAGCUGGCCAAGGAUGUGGUGCCCACGGAAGCGGAUGCCAAGCGGUGCGAGUCUCGAAACAUGGGCUUCACAGAGCCACCUCUGCGAGGGCCAUGAAAACCAGAAUCUAGUCCCCAAGGAAAAUUCGAAAAGGUGCUACAAUUCUCAGGGAGUGGGACUGCCACAGGCCCACCAAUAAGCCACAUCCACCAAGUUAGGUCAAUAGUUUAGUUUAAGCUGAAUAAAGCGAUACCCAUUGUGGGUUACUUCAAAAUAUA